AUGAUCACCAAAAUAUUCCUAAUACUUUAUUACAUUCUUCCACUAAUAUUAAGCCAAAAUGCAACUUCAGAACCAGAUAUUUCCACGACUGAUUCAAAUAUCGAAGCCACUACUUUGGAUUUGUUGAUGUUCAUCAAUAUGAACAGGACAAAAAUUUAUAAACCGCCUUUGAAUAAUAGUACCAGGACCAAGUUUCCCAAAUCUGAUGAAUCGACUAGGAAAGGUGUCAAUGAGUAUUUUACAUACGAUGAUCGGUUUUGCUUCUGCGAUUUGACGCCUGAUGUAUGCGAUUUGAAUUGCUGCUGCGACUACGAUUGCUCAGAAAUGGAUCGAAAUUUAUUUACCAGCUGCCAAAAAAUCACCAGAAGUAGUGCAUUCCAAGGAAAACGUUACGGGCAGUUGACACCAUGCGAAAAUGGUGACUCGGAUUUGUUUUGCAUCAAAAAUGGUAAUACACCCUUGCGAAGUAAUACAGAAACGACCAAUCAAGACAAUGUCAUUGCAAAUUCUUACACAUGGCCUCGAUCAACAGAUUAUAUAGAAGAUUAUGAUCAAGUAUUGGAUAUACCAGUUAGACCAUAUGUUGUCAAAAGUCCUAUAUGGAUUUUUAACAAAAAUACUACUCGAUCAGGAUUUUUGUAUACGCCCAGACGAUUCUUCAACCGCAUAACAAAAACACCAUUAAAAUAUCUGGACGACCAACAAGUCAAAUACACAGAAAUAUUAAGACCCAUAUUUGGAAUAGACAAAGACUUCUUACGAAUCCAUCGUUCAGGCUUUCCAAUAACCCUCAAAGACUUAUAUAACAUCACCAUGAUUUCUGCUCCUGAAAAACUGAAUUCUACAGAAUACGAAGACUGCAUGGAUUUAUGCCUAAAUUUGGAAUAUUUCAUUUGCAACGAUUUAAGGACUUUGUCGAAUCCUGAUGAAACUUGCUGUGAACCAGUUUUUGAAGGCGAGAUAGAAGAAUCUUGUGAAAUUCUCCAAGAUGGUAGGAUGAAGUGUGAGAAUGUUCCUAAACAUAUAUUGAUUAAAAUGUUUCAUAAAUUUGCAAAAGGUUUGGAGAAGGUUCAAGUGUUUUUUGAAAUCCUGCACAACACUGAACCCUUUUAUGUAGGCACAAAAAUUGAUCGGAUAUUUGAAGUCAAGCACUUGGUAGUAAAAAAUCAGCAAGGUAUCAACAAGGAAUUGAGUGGAAAUCCUGGGUACUUAACAGGACGUCCGGUGAUUAGUGGUAAAUUCGUGGAAAUUGUACAUAAUAAUACUAACGAUUUUCCUACAAUCCAAUACGUCAUUGAUUAUUUUCACGAGAACUCCAGGUACUUCAACACCAGAAAUAUUUUGACUGCACCAGCAAAUGUUAGAGGCUUGUGUAAACUAUCAAACACCACUUACGAAACCAUAAACUUUGGUGUCAAUUUAAGGACCAAGUGUGACCUAAAGCUUGGCAAGUUGGAAAUCACUAAAACCACAAACUUGGCACACAUGUGCACGAAUAUACAGAAGAAAAUAUUCUACACCUUAUUCGGAAACAAAGACAGGCUAAACAACUUUGUCUCGGUUUUUGGUAAACCAAGAAAUCUGACCUCCGAGUGGUUAAAACUGGUACACCACAAAGAUACUAACUACAACAUAAAUGGUUACACAAAACGCAGGAAUUUAAUUUGCCAAAAUUUGGUAUAUUACAUCAGUUACUACUUUGUGUACCUGAAUUUAGAUUUUAGACAUUUACAUCAGCAGUCUAGGAUUUUGCGAGCUGGUGUCAAAUAUGGUGAACAAGUUGAUGUGAAGAUUAAUUUGGAUGAUCCUGAAGUUACAGUAGGUGUUGAAGUUUUAUUCAAAGAUAUUACUCAUUCGAAGGAAUUGGAGAUGAUGUGGAAGACUUUAGAUAUUUCAGUUUCAUUUCGUUGA